AUGUCUCCUUCCUUGGUUGUCGCUGGUGGGAGGGCCAUCCGUCUUGGUUUGUGUUUGUUGAUUUUUCUCAAUCUUUCCCUGCUCACGUUGGAAGCAAGACCCAAGGGCCCUGGCCAUACACAUCUAAACUCAAUCCGCAUUGAUGGAGACAUCUCCCUAGGAGGCCUGUUUCCAGUUCAUGCACGAGGUCACAAUGGAAAGCCCUGUGGGGAACUGAAGAAAGAGAAGGGCAUUCAUCGUCUGGAAGCAAUGCUUUUUGCUCUGGACCGCAUCAACAAUGACCAUGAGCUUCUCCCUAAUAUUACACUGGGGGCCCGUAUUCUUGACACCUGUUCACGAGACACACAUGCUCUGGAGCAGUCACUCACUUUCGUCCAAGCGCUUAUAGAGAAGGAUGGCACAGAUGUGAAGUGUCAGGGAGGUGGCUCACCCAUCAUCACAAAGCCAGAGAGAGUUGUGGGAGUGAUUGGGGCUUCCUCCAGCUCCGUGUCCAUCAUGGUGGCUAACAUCCUACGCCUGUUUAAGAUCCCUCAAGUGAGCUACGCUUCCACAGCACCAGAGCUGAGUGACAAUACGCGCUAUGAUUUCUUCUCUCGAGUGGUUCCUCCAGACACCUACCAGGCCCAGGCAAUGGUGGACAUUGUGCGACACAUGGGGUGGAACUAUGUUUCAACUGUAGCAUCUGAGGGAAAUUAUGGAGAAAGUGGGGUGGAUGCCUUCAUCCAGAAGUCCCGUGAGGAUGGGAGUGUCUGCAUCUCCCAGUCAGUUAAGAUCCCUCGUGAGCCCAAAGCAGGGGAAUUUGACAAGAUUAUUCAUCGCCUGGUAGAAAACCCAAAUGCCAGAGUAGUCAUUAUUUUUGCAAAUGAGGAUGAUAUAAGGAGGCUGCUGCAGGCAGCAAAGAAAGCCAAUUUGACUGGUCACCUCUUGUGGGUAGGAUCAGAUAGCUGGGGUUCUAAAAUUUCCCCUGUGCUCCACCAAGAGGAGAUGGCUGAGGGUGCAGUGACUAUCCUACCUAAGCGUCAGUCCAUUAAGGGAUUUGAUCGUUAUUUCAUCAGCCGGACAUUAGAAAAUAACAGGAGGAACAUCUGGUUUGCUGAAUUCUGGGAGAACAAUUUCAACUGCAAGCUCAAUCGGCAUGCCUUGAGGAAAGGAUCAGGCAUUAAGAAAUGCACAAAUCAAGAAAGGAUUGGAAAAGACUCAGCGUAUGAGCAGGAGGGAAAAGUAAUGUUUGUAAUCGAUGCUGUAUAUACCAUGGCCCAUGCUCUCCAUAACAUGCACAAAGACCUGUGUCCUGCCAAGGUGGGACUUUGCUCCAGAAUGGACCCUAUUGAUGGAACCCUCCUUUUAAAGUACAUCCGUGAAGUGAAGAUAACAGGCAUAGCUGGCAAUCCAGUGCAGUUCAAUGAGAAUGGGGAUGCUCCUGGUCGCUAUGAAAUCUACCAGUACCAGAUAAAUAACAAAACAGCAGAGUAUAAAAUUAUUGGCCACUGGACUGACCAACUCCAUCUGAAUAUACCAGAGAUGCAGUGGCCAGGUGGUAUAAAGCAAAUACCCUCCUCCAUCUGCAGUCAGCCUUGCAAACCAGGCUGGCGUAAGAAAGUUGUGAAGGGCAUCCCAUGCUGCUGGCAUUGCGAGCGAUGUGAUGGCUACCAGUACCAGGCAGACCCAUAUACCUGUAAAAUGUGCCGCUUCGACUUGCACCCCAACAAGAACCAUACAAGCUGCCAGCCAAUCCCAAUCAUCAAGCUGGAAUGGAGCUCACCAUGGGCUGUCAUACCUGUACUCCUUGCCAUCAUGGGCAUUAUGGCCACCUUGUUUGUGGUGGUCACCUUCAUACGCUACAAUGACACUCCAAUUGUGAAGGCAUCAGGAAGGGAGCUCAGCUAUGUCCUGCUUACAGGCAUCUUUUUUUGCUAUGCCACUACAUUCCUGAUGAUAUCAUCUCCUGAUGUUGGGAUCUGUUCACUCCGACGUAUUUUUCUAGGACUGGGGAUGAGUAUUAGCUAUGCUGCUUUGCUAACCAAAACCAACCGUAUUUAUCGCAUUUUUGAGCAGGGAAAGAUGUCAGUGAGUGCCCCACGUUUCAUCAGCCCAGCAUCCCAGUUGUUGAUCACUUUCAGCCUGAUCUCAGUCCAGCUAUUAGGGGUUUGUAUUUGGUUUGUAGUAGAUCCUCCUCAGGCUUUUGUGGACUAUGAGGACCAGCGCAUGGCAAAUCCAGAGUUGGCACGGGGUGUGCUCAAGUGUGACAUCUCUGACUUGUCACUCAUCUGCCUGCUGGGGUACAGCAUGCUGCUAAUGGUCACUUGCACAGUCUAUGCCAUAAAGACACGUGGGGUGCCGGAGACCUUCAAUGAGGCAAAGCCCAUCGGCUUCACCAUGUACACAACCUGCAUUAUCUGGCUGGCCUUCAUACCCAUCUUCUUUGGCACAUCACAGUCGACAGAAAAGAUGUACAUCCAGACAACCACUCUAACCAUCUCUGUGAGUUUGAGUGCUUCUGUGUCUCUGGGACUGCUCUACAUCCCCAAAGUCUAUGUGGUUCUCCUCCACCCCGAGCAGAAUGUGGCCAAACGGAGCACGCGCAGCCUGAAGGCUGUGGUCACUGCUGCCACCAUGUCCAACAAAUUCAACCCAAAGGCCAGCCUACGGCCCAAUGGAGAGGCUAAAACUGAGCUGUGUGAGAACCUGGAAACUCAAGAUGGAGGAGAGAUCUGAACACAGCUUGCUGACUCCAUCCAUACCUUCUGGUCGAAGAAGAUCAUGAGAAGACCCUGAGGGAAAAGUGGGAAGUCCAUGGUGUUUCAGUGAUGGUACUGUAUGUUACAUCAAUAUCUGGCAUCCAGCAAAACUGACCACAUCUGCAAAAUCCCAUUACAACUCCUUUAACUUCUUUUAUCUUCUGUCUUAUAAUUUGAUGUCAUUGCUGAAGUGACACCAAAACAAUGAACAGACUUGGACAUAUCACUUUCAGGUGUUCAUACAUAGGGGGAGUGGCUGAGAUCUCUUUUUCCUGAUAGGGGUUCCCAUGUUCUCCUCUUGGUGAUGGUGACAAGAACAAAAUCCAUUGUUUACAGAUGUUGAGCAUGCUGUUUUGGUUUGGGCAUCCUGUGUUGUGUUUUUUCUUUCUUUCUUUCUUUUGUUAACAUUUCUGGAAUGCAUAUAAACCAUCUUGCUGUGCUCUUAUCCCACUACAAGCCCUUAUGAUAAACUCUUUUAAGUGUAAGGAAUUUUGGGGUAAUGUUCGCUUGUGCUUGAGUACAAACCCAUUAUGAAGUCUAACUAACUAACCUUGCGCUGUGGUCCAAAACACUCGAAAGCUAUCACUGCCAACUGUUCUUUGGCAAAAUGCAAAAUCACAAUUUAGUACUUAGCUCAUUAAAGAGUAUUUUACUCCUUGAGUCCCCUUGUUGAUUAAUUAUUCUUAGAGAUGAGUCCAGUACUGAAAAAAAAUCUAAAAUCACGUUUCCUAUUCUUAUGAGCAAUUUGAAAAGAGAGCAUAAAAAAAGGAUGCAUAAAAUUUACCGUAUAUGCAAUAAGAACCGGAAACAAAAAGCUAUUAAUUUAAAGAACUGUCAAGUGAUACAUUGCAGCAGUGCGUUUUGUGGAUGUCCUGUGAAAUUAAGACUCACCGCCUAUGAUUUCUCCUCUGUUUAUUUUUGCACUAUUUGUGUUGCUGAAUGCAAUAUGUUCAUAUUGACCGUGCUAAAUAGCAACUUAAUGUGUGUUCCGGUAAUGUUUGCAUUUAUCUAAAAAGAAAAAAAAAACAGUGCCUGUACUGAAGUAUUUGUAAAAUAUGAGACUUGAGGUAUG